AUGAGAAAAGCUCUACUAGUUUCGAACCACAGAGGGGUUCUUCCUCAUGAGCAGCGUGCGCGGACGCGGCGACGUCGCGCAGCCUACUGGUUAGCGUUGGCGCCUGCAUCGCUGUUGAUGGUUGCGCUGCGGCGAGUCCAACGCGCCAUCUGCCGGAUACCACGCGCGUUUUACAUCACAACCAGGCUAAAGGAACAUAUACGUAGCGUGAAGAAGAUGGACAUCCAGGCAUCGGCUGUGGCUGAACAUGUUUGCGGCACGGAUGCGGCUCACUUCAUACGUUUUGAUAAGGUCUCCGUACUAGCGAGGGAGAAAUACUUCGUUCCGCGAAAAGUGCGAGAGGCCAUCGAGAUUAGCCGACGUCCGUGCUUCAACAGGGAUGGUGGCUGGGCAUUGCCACCCGCGUGGAAGCCGAGCUUGGAGACUACGUCGGUCCGAAGCGUAUCCAGUCUGGAGUGUGACACAGUAAGCGUCAUAUGUAACACAGACUUUGUGCCGGGCCCGGAAUCGAACCCACUACCCGCGCCACUGGUGAACGUACCGUGCGCCUCAACAUCGUCACACGCGCCGCCGCCGGAGAUGGCAGCAAACGCGCGUGGUAUCCGGCAGAUGGCGCGUUGGACUCGCCGCAGCGCAACCAUCAACAGCGAUGCAGGCGCCAACGCUAACCAGUAG